AUGCUUGUAUCAGCUAUGUCUAUACAAGACGCAGGUCAAUCAACAUCCGUAAUGUCAUCAGCAGUACCAGCACAAGCAGCAUCAACAGCACCAGCAUUAGCAGCAGCAGCACAAGCAGCAGUGGCAGCCGCACAAGCAACUCCAUCACCCGCAGCACCAAUAACACCGGCUCCGGUUGCACCAGCACAGGCAAACCCACCACCCACAGCAAUAACACCAGAAUCGCAAGCAGCAGAGAGUGAAUCCUUAAAGGCAGUUAGCGCGGGCAAGCGACCAAAAAGGAAGGCGGAAAAGCGAGGAGGCUACGAAAAUAUGGAUGUCAGUGGGGAUGAGAAGGAAUAG